CUCCUCGUUAUCCUUUUGGAUAGUUCAUAAUUCGCCAAGUUGUAACGAAAAAAAAAGCUUCCAUCAGUAUCAACAUGCCUGCGCCCAAGCAGCGCAAGAUGGCCAUUGUCGGCAGCAGAGCCGUCGGGAAAUCAAGCCUCACGGUCCAAUUCGUCGACGGCCACUUUGUCGAGAGCUACUACCCCACCAUCGAGAAUACUUUCAGCAAGGUAAUCCGGUUCAAGAACCAAGAGUUUGCGACCGAGAUUAUCGAUACCGCGGGACAGGAUGAAUACAGCAUUCUCAACUCGAAGCACUUCAUCGGCAUCCACGGCUACAUGAUUGUCUACUCGGUCGCCUCCAAGCAGAGCUUCGAGAUGGCCAGGAUCAUCCGUGAUAAGAUUCUGAAUCAUUUGGGCACCGAAUGGGUCCCCAUCGUCAUCGUAGGCAACAAAUCCGACCUCAACCCCGCCCAGCGCCAAGUCACCGCCGCCGACGGCAAAGCCCUCGCCGAGGAGUUCAAGUGCGCCUGGACCGAGGCGAGCGCACGGUACAACGAGAACGUGCAGAAGGCGUUUGAUCUCAUGAUUGCCGAGAUUGAGAAGAGCCAGAAUCCCGGGGAGCCCGCCGGCGGGAGCAAGUGCCUCGUCAUGUAGGGAAAGGAUGAUGUUGAGGAAGAGAUUGAAGGACAAGAGGAUGUUGUGAUGAUGCGAUGUAUAAUGGUAACAAAGGGAGUUGGGUAUGCGCAUCGGCACGAGAAUGAGGAUGACGGCGACUCCUACGGGGUCAUUGUGGCGCUUUGCAGGCGGCAUUUCACACACAUCUCCCUCUGGAUCUAGACGGCAGGGGGCGGACGUACAAGCAGAUAUAGACGGAAGACGGCAGGCCGACUUGGAUACGUUUCGGAAGAUUCGGAAGAUUUCGUA